CCGGCUUUCAUAACCAUGAGCAUCUGUGUAUAUAAGAUAGCUUCAGCUCUUUUCGUAAACACGGCAGUGUGAGGAAGCUAUUACUUAGCAAUAACAUGAUCGGUUUGGAUAUUUAAGCUGGAACUUUAAUUUAUCCUCUUCAACAUGAAGCGGCUUUACCUGGUGGAGCCAGUGGUGGCUCUGUAUGCGUUUAGCAGCUUUCUCACCUACCCUCUUGUGCAGCAGUAUGUGUACAGGCGGCUUUGGCAGCAGCUGACCAACACCACCUAUCCUGUGUCUGACAACACCUCCAGAUGUGCUCCAACUAACAGGAGCAGCAACCACACUGACUUCCAUAAGGAGGUGCAGAAGCAGGCGUCUCUGUUCUCCCUUUACUCGGAGCUCCUCUCUACAGUCCCGUCUCUGAUCGUCACCCUUAUCGUAGUGGCCUACAGCGACCGGGGAGGACGGAAAAUCUCCAUCAUCAUGCCUCUGAUAGGCACGCUGAUCUAUACCUCCACCUUCCUCACCGUGUCCUUCUUUGAGCUCAACGUCUACCUUCUCAUUGGCUCGUCGUUCCUCAGCUCUCUGUUUGGGGGCAUCAGUACUUUCCUGGGUGGCUGUUUUGCCUACAUAGCGGAUUUGUGCCAAGAUGACCGGCAGAAGACGAUGCGGAUGGCUGGAGUGGAUAUGAUGAUUGGUUUGUUGUCUGGUGUGGCUGCCAUAUCUACAGGUUACUUUCUGAGAGCUGCAGGGUUUAAUUGGCCCUUCCUGACUUCAGCAUUGUGCCAGUGUUUGAUCUUAAUCUAUGCAGUGUUUAUUUUAGAGGAGACUGUGAAAAAGUCUCCCACUGAUGGCAGUGAGCUAGACGGGUCCUCCCAGCGGACUUCACUGAGACUGUUGGUGUUUGGGCUCUGCCAGAUCUUUGCCAAGGCAAGCUACAGGUGUAAAACAGUUUUGACCCUUUUGAUGAUCAUCUUCACGAGCUUCACUUUUGCCUAUAUCGGAGGCAUCUCUUUGGUGACGCUUUACGAGCUUAAUGAGCCGCUGUGCUGGACUGAGAUUCUGAUCGGCUAUGGCUCAGCACUGUCCACCACCGUCUUCCUGACCAGUUUCCUGGGAGUAUCAGCGUUCACGUACUGCGGCGUUCCACAGGUGCUUAUUGUCAUGCUGGGGAUCCUUUCUGUGGCGUCAGGACUGAUCCUGUUGGCGUUUGCAAAAACCACAUUGCUGAUGUUUUUAGUCAGAGUCCCCAUGCUUUUCUCCAUCAUGCCUUUCCCUGUUCUGCGCUCGAUGAUGUCAAAGAUUGUCUCCAAGUCUGAGCAGGGAGCCCUGUUUGCUUAUCUUUCCUUCCUGGAGAGCUUAUUUAACAACGUUGGAUCUGCAGUCUUCAAUAGUAUCUAUGCUGCCACGGUGGGAUGGUACUCUGGUUUUAACUUCCUCUUAGCAGCAGGUUUCUGCAUCAUUCCUUUAUCUGCCCUUGGGGCAGUGGCAUUCAUUGGAUUAGAUGUCUCCACUGAACCUAGGAAGCCAGAAGAUUUAAGCUCUGAGGAGGAUGGCCAGGCCGGGAACGAAGAUGACACCAGACCUCUUCUCAGCUCUCCUUCUGUCAGCACCUGAGCAGCAUCU